UUACGUCACUGCUUGAGCCAAGGCCUCCUUCCCAUGAUGUCAUCCCAGAGGAAGAGGCCGGCCCAUGAGGUCAUCGCUAGCAAAAGUGUCUGUGUUCUGCGAUGUCAUCACAGGGACAAAGCCUCCUUCCCAUGAGGUCAUCACAGAGGAAGAGGCCGGCCCGUGAGGUCAUCGCUGGAGGCCAUGUCCUAUGGUGUCCUCAGAGGCCUCCUUCUUGUGGUGUAAUAACAGAGAUGGCGCCUUGUUCCAUGACAUUCCUUCCUGUGGUGUCACUGCAGAGACAAUCUUACCUGGAUGAUGUCAUCUCUAACUCCAAGGCCUCUUUUGGCAUCAUCGCCAUGGGGAAGAUAUUUUCUCCCUGUGUCUUUGCAGUAGAGAAGAUGCCUCUGUCCUAUGAUGUCAUCAUUACAGACAAAGCCAUCUUCCUAGGACACGUCACAGGGGAAAAUGCCUCACCAAUUGUGUCCUCACUAGACAUAAGGUCUCCUUUUCACAACAUCAGCACAGGGACCCUGCCUCCUUCCUGUGAUGCCAUCACCAGAGAAGGUGCCUUGCCCUAUGACGUCAUCAGAGGGACCGUGCCUCUUCCUGUGAUGUCAUCACCAGAGAUGACCACCCACUCUGGGACGUCUUCAGGAGGAGGCCCCUUCUGCGAUGUCGCCCAGACGCUAUGUGCUCUGAGAUGGCACAAAGAGAUGCCUCCACUGCUGCCACCAUGUUGUAGAAGGCAGGGCAGGCCCAGAGUCCAGGACCACCCCAGGAAAGAUGCCAGAGAGCAGAGAGGGGCCCUGUCCUGAGAUGUUGUCUGAAGGAGGCAUCGCUCGGGAGCCGCCCAUGUGGAGGGCCUCCUCCAGAGAUGAUGGUCUGUGUAGGCAGUUGGCAGUGACACCCCUACCCCCAGUGCUGUGAUGGCAUCACCAGAGCUUCCUCCUCAGAGGCACUGCCCACUCUGGAAGGCCAUCGGUAUUGAUGGUGUCACCAGAGUUACUGCCUUGUCGCACCAUGACUUAGCUUGGUUGCUCCCUCCCCAGACUCCAGGGACGUGCCCAGCAGGAUCUCUGCCAUAGCCUCUGAGGGGAAAUGGGGGCCUUGGAUCCCACACCUGUGCCAAGACUCCUGGGAGACAGGACCUCCAGAUGGCCUUCUGCUCCCAGGAGGCCACUCUGGAUCACCAGGGUCCUAGAGUUCUGACACUCAUAGGUGUCCCAUAGCCUGGCCUCACUUUUCUUUCUGCCAUAUCUAGAGACAAUCACCUCUGUCAACAAAGUCCUAGCCUUCUACUGGGGGGAGGUGCUUGGGGUACACCUACUCUUGCCCUCACUGACACUGUCAGCAUCACACAACACCGCCACUCAUGAUGGCACUGCACCCGGGGUCAAGUGUUACCCAUGUCUGAGGAUGGAAUCCUUCCCCAGGAUUCCCUAUGACCCACAACUAUGGUAUCAUCUUCUUCCAGGAUUUACCAUGACUAACGGUGUCACCAUCUCCCAAGACUCCCCAUAGCCAAUGGUGUCACCAUCCUCCAUGAUUCCUCACAACCAUGGUGUCAUCAUCUUUCAGGAGCCACCACAGCUGACGGUGUCAUCAUCUCCUAGAUUCUACCAUGACCAAUGAUGACAUUACCUUCCAGAAUCCACUAUGCCUGACAGAGACAUCCUCUACUGAAAUCCACUAGGACUGAUGAUGCCACCAUUUCCCAUAAUCCCUCAUGAUUUUGGUGUCAUCACCUCCCAAGACCCAUGA